CUUGACUGGGAGGCAGCCGGGACUACAAGUCCUAGAAUGCCGCAGGCUCCCUGGCUGGCCGUUCCUUUUGAAUGAUUUCACUGCGGUUUACAUUCCCAGCUAGUUUCGCAGGACGCAUCAUGGUGUAAGGAGCCACCAGAUCGCUGGCGUGUUCGGCAGGCGCAAGAAGCCUCCUUGUUUAAUGGCAGCCUGGGAAGAUUGCGCUGGCAGGGAGAGGGGGAUGGCAAGCCGACGGCUGCCGUGGUUUUAAAGGCUGCGAAAGGGGGUUUGCCACAGCCUAUCCCUCCUGCUUGCUUCCCCUACCUCUUUUUGCUCCGUCUGGAAACCCCCUUCUCGCAGCCUUGUCCCCAAAGAUGUCUCUGUCCAUGGAAGAGGAAGAAUACACCAAGCUGGUGAUGGAAUCGGAACCCGAGUGGCUGCGCACUGAGAUCAAGCGGCUCUUCCAGGAGCUGGGCGAGACCACCCGGGAGAAGAUCCAGGCUGCCGAGUACGGGCUGGCAGUGCUGGAGGAGAAGCAGCAGCUGAAGCAACAAUAUGAGGAGCUGGAGCUGGAGUACGAGACCAUCCGCACCGAGAUGGAGCAGCUGAAGGAGGCUUUCGGGCAGGCUCAUACCAACCACAAGAAAGUUGCAGCAGAUGGGGAGAGCAGGGAAGAGACCUUGAUUCAGGAAUCUGCCACAAAGGAAGAGUACUACAUGAAAAAAGUCAUGGAGCUGCAGACAGAACUGAAACAGCUGCGGAAUGUUCUUGCCAACACCCAGUCUGAAAAUGAACGCUUGAAUUCUGUCGCACAGGAACUGAGAGAGAUGAAUCAGAAUGUGGACGUACAGAGGGGCCGCUUGCGAGAUGACAUCAAAGAGUACAAGUUCCGAGAAGCCCGUCUGCUGCAAGAUUACACCGAGCUCGAGGAGGAGAACAUCUGCCUGCAGAAACAAGUGUCUGUUCUGAAACAGAAUCAGGUGGAGUUUGAAGGGCUAAAGCAUGAAAUCAAGAGGCUUGAAGAGGUAACUGAAUUCCUCAACAGCCAGCUAGAAGAUGCCAUACGGUUGAAAGAGAUAUCUGAACGCCAGCUUGAGGAGGCCUUGGAGACCCUAAAGACAGAACGUGAACAAAAGAAUAACCUUCGCAAGGAGCUGUCGCAUUAUAUGAAUAUCAAUGAUUCCAUGUACACCAGCCACUUGAACAUCUCCUUGGAUGGACUGAAGUUCAGCGAUGAAACCACAGAGCCCAACAAUGAUGAAAUAGUGAAUGGCUUUGAACAAAACUGCCUGAGUAAAAUCAACAAUGGCAACAAUAAAACAUCUGUGCCGAAGAAAAAUGAAAGCUUCCCUCCUGCUCCUAGCCUUGUCUCAGACCUCUUAAGUGAGCUGAAUAUAUCUGAAAUCCAAAAGCUGAAACAGCAGCUUGUGCAGAUGGAAAGGGAAAAGAUGAAUUUGUUGUCCACGCUUCAAGAGUCUCAGAAACAGCUGGAGAAUACCCGGGGAGCCCUUUCAGAGCAACAUGAGAAAGUUGGCAGGCUCACAGAGAAUCUAAAUGCCAUGAAGAAGCUCCAGGUCAGCAAGGAACGUCAGUCAGCUCUUGACAAUGAAAAGGAACGUGAUAGCCAUGAAGAUGGAGAUUAUUAUGAGGUUGACAUCAAUGGCCCAGAGAUUUUAGAAUGCAAGUACAAAGUGGCUGUGGCAGAGAUUAGCGACUUGAAAGAAGAGCUUAAAAUCCUUAAGGCCAAAUAUGAGGAAUGUGAGUCCAAGUAUGAAGAGGAGAAGAACAAGUAUGAAACAGAAACUCAAGCUCUGACACAAAAGAUCACAUCACUGGAAAAAUCUAGUAGGCAAGAUAGGGAGCAGGUAGUCAGGCUGGAGAAGGAACUCAAGAAAGUCAGUGAUGUUGCUGGGGAAACCCAAGGCAGUCUCAGUGUUGCCCAAGAUGAACUAGUCACCUUCAGCGAAGAGCUAGCUAACCUGUACCAUCAUGUUUGUAUGUGCAACAAUGAAACUCCAAACCGGGUGAUGCUGGAUUACUACAAAGAGGGUAAAGGAGGACGCACCAGUCCAGAGAGCAAAGGCCGCAGGUCACCAAUCCUGCUCUCCAAGGGCUUGUUGUCUAUAGACUUAGGAAAAUCAGAAAAUGGGAAUGGUGACAGCAGUCCAUCACCAGUGUCAUCUCUCCCUUCACCGGUAUCAGAUCCUAGGAAGGAACCAAUGAACAUUUACAAUCUGAUUGCCAUAAUUCGUGACCAGAUAAAGCAUCUGCAGGCAGCUGUAGAUAGAACAACAGAGUUGUCCAGACAACGAGUGACUACACAAGAACUUGGGCCAGUAGUGGACAAAGACAAAGAAGCUCUUAUGGAGGAAAUCUUAAAGCUGAAAUCUCUGUUAAGCACCAAAAGAGAGCAAAUAGCAACUCUAAGAACUGUUCUAAAGGCCAACAAGCAGACGGCAGAAGUUGCCCUUGCCAAUUUAAAAAGCAAAUAUGAAAAUGAAAAGGCCAUGGUUACAGAAACCAUGAUGAAGCUCCGAAAUGAGCUGAAGGCUUUAAAAGAAGAUGCUGCUACCUUCUCUUCUCUGAGGGCUAUGUUCGCUACCAGAUGCGAUGAAUACGUCACCCAGCUGGAUGAAAUGCAACGCCAGCUCGCUGCAGCCGAAGAUGAGAAGAAGACUUUGAACUCCUUGCUCCGCAUGGCCAUUCAGCAGAAGCUGGCCUUGACCCAGCGCCUUGAGCAUCUUGAGCUGGAUCAUGAGCAAGCCAAAAGGGUGCGCACAAAAUCCACUUCCAAAGCCAAGAGUAGUAACCCCAGUCUGUAGAGUAGUUCCUGGAGAAGACCAUUGCAACUGUGCAACUUCGUAUCUUAGCCUGUGGUGAUAACCCAUUGCACAAAGAGUGGAAACCACUGAUAAUGACCCCCCCCCCCUUUUAAAGCAAAGCCACACAAUUUUCAAUCCGCUUUCAGCUUGGGCUUUUUAAAAAUUUCCUUUUUUGGCAAAUUAUGUCUGGAUACAAAAAAAAAGCUUUACACCCUUAAGUGCUGCUGCAGGAAGAAACCUUACAAAUGCUGAAGGAAACCUACUUCAUAAUGUAAUAAUUGCCAUGGCGGCUCACUCUGGCCUGCUAGAAAUGUUCCGAUGGGUAUUUAAUUUCCUUAGAGCAUUCAUUUUUUUUAAAAAAAAAAGUCUGUUUAAACCUGUGCACUUUUAAUAUUUUGAUAUUUACUUUCUUUUUAUUCUUUUUGUAGAAGAGUUUAUAUAUUAAAAAAUCCAGUGAUUUAUGUUAAUAAUUUCCCUCCAGUUUGGAUUUGUGCUUUGAUGGUUUCUAUUGUUUUCCAUUUGCAUUUGGCAGAGUUAUAUAUUAUCUUGGUUUUGCUCUACACUGUGUUUAAAAAAAGAACUUCAAAACAAUCUGUGGGUUCUGUUAAAGUAUAUAUGUGCUGGGAGCCAGCAGCUUGCUUUCUCUGCUCAGUUUUUUAAUUAUAAAAUGUUAAGCUUUAUCUGUUUUUAAAUUACUGAUUUUAACUGCCAUGUUAAUUGAGAAAUCCAGGGUAUUCAAAUUCUGGGGUUUUUUCAUAUUGUAUUAUUAUUCUUAGGAAUAGUUCAAUGUAACAAGAAGAAAACUUGACUUUGCUCUGGUUAAAACAGUGAUAGGCACUUGAAAAAAUUUAGUGUUACCUAUAAAUUCCAGAAUGUCUGGGUUUUAGGAAGAUGUUACAACGUAUGAUUGGUUAACAGAAUUUUGUACAACAAUAUCACUUAAAUUCCAAAUUGGAAUUGUUUUUGUUACUACUUUGUUUUAUUGUGCCAAAUUGUGGUACAUUCUAAGAAGACAAAUUCUAAAGUUGUCAGUGAUGGGGUGUUCUAUUUCAGCGCCUUUGUGUUGUUUAAUUGUUGCCAGUAGUGCCUUUCAUAAUUUUAAGGGAGAGCGUAGGCUAGUUUAGUCUGUCCAAGAAGAAAGAAACAGUGGUUUUGGAACCAAGGGAUCCAUAUGGAGCAAUAAGUGCAAAAUGAACUCCCCUAUCGCACAUUUUUUUAAUGGCUAGACCAACUAUAGAGAUGAUAUAUGCGCAAAUUGUAAAAAAUUCUGUUAGUCAAUGAUACUUCAUCCUGCAAAUCCUUGCAAAUUCAGGGGCUUAAAAGAAAAAAAAUAUUAAAUGAAACCUGAUUUAUACUUUGUGAACCAAAUGGAUUUUAUUGAACAAAAUAAUAAGCAAAAUGUAUUAACGCAUUUGUGGUUGCAGUACAGAGGAUGUUUGGGGAUUUUUGGUGUUCUGGUAGCUGUAUGGUGGUGGAUCCAGUUUAACCAUAGUAUUGUUUGCAAAUGUGAAGAAGACGAAGAGGACAACAUUUAAUAUUUUUCUCUUGCAUGUUAUAUCUAAUCAUUGUAAUUUCAGGAAACAGAAACUGAAAUGUGCCUCAACAAGAUGUACCUGCUUGUUGUGGUGCUAAUUGUUGAGGCUACUUGGAAUGAUUAAAUUGGUACUUCAGGGGGAGGGGCUUCCUCCUUUUUAAAAAAAAAGUAAAAAUUGUAAUAAUAAUGUCAUGGGGAAGAGAUUUCUGUUUGCUGGAAAAAAACCUUUAUAAUUCCUAGAAGUGGGGACUUAUAUUUUCAUCUUUUGGUUACAGUAUUGAUGCAUAUUAUGUUUAAAAUUACAUCUCUAUGUGGGUAUUUAUUUGAAAUGUCAAAGUACUGUAUUAUGUUUUUAUGUGCAUUACCUUUUAGUGGUGGAUUGGUCUCCAUUUUAUUGUUAUAUGCAUGUACCUUUUGCCAAGUAACCUUUACACAGACCUGGAAAAAAGUGGAUGUAAUUGCUUAAAAGAAAGAUGUGGAAGCUGAUUAAGGGAUACUCUGUGUUAAUUUGAUAACUUUAGGAUGUGUAGAAGGCAAAAAAAAUGUUAAUUCCAAAUUAAUCCAAAAAAGCGUGGGUUGUAUAGGAAAGCAAUCUACCUAUGUAAAGGUAGUCACAUUGGCAGUAUCAAUAAAGGAGAAAGAAGA